GGCGAGGGGGGCCCAGGCGGCCGCUGCUACCACAGCCCGAGGCUUCAAGAGCCUCCACCAACUCGCCAGGCCGUCAUCCCCAUCUCCCGGGCAACCAGCGUCCCCCAGAACAGCCAAUCGUAGGAGCCGCUCGCAGUCACCUGGUGUCUUAGUCUGCUGAGUCAGCCCUUUCUGAAGUUGCCCCUUUCUCUCAGUGAUUGUUUGGAUAUGCUGCUUUUGCUGGCAUUGGCUCAGGAAAUCGGAGAAUCAAUGGAACAGAGGUAGUGUCAUCAACCGAAAUAAGAGAAUUUUGGGGAAAAAAUGACGCUAUCGCUGAUCUCUGAAGCUGCUGACCUCACAGCCUCUUUGCUCACUCUGAUGCUAUAACCUACUGUGUGCAGUGACCCUAUGGUUCCUGGAGCAGCGCAGAUUAAACAGAUAUCAUGAAUAACUGGAGUCAAUAAAAACAGUUUCAAAUAACCUUUCAGACAGGCAGAUGGGGAGAGGACAACAGAGAGCAAAAAAAUUAAUUCACAGCAAAAGCAAAUAGUCACAACUGACAAGAAUUCAGCACACCAGAAGAAUAUAUUAAACAUCUCAGAAUAAAGGGCGUAUGGAAAAGCACCAUCAAACAGCAAUGCACAUGCCAUUAUUUAUUCCUGCAUUACACCCAUUAGGCUUUUUAAACAAAAUUCUGCUUUUGGAGUGUGUUAACCAGCUGUGCAAGAUACUUAACAGCAAAAUUUGACAUUAUGCAAAACUUGAUUGUUUUAUUUACAACAUAUAAAAAGCCCUGGAUAUGUUCACUGAAAGCUUGGUGAGGAGCAUGAACCUUUCCAGUGAGCCUGGGCCCAGUUUGGAGUGAAAAUGUUCAUCGGUUUCUGGUUUUGCAUCAAUAUGGUAUGAGACCUGUGGUCUUGAUGCCAAAGCAGGCGGGAGCCACAUCCAUGUGGGCUUCCUGCUGUGGGUUGCUGAAUGAAGUCAUGGGUACCGGAGCUGUCCGUGGCCAACAGCCAGGAUUUGGGGGAGGUACUGGCCCAUUCAGAUUUGCACCAAAUACAGACUUCUCAGCAUAUCCAUCUUCAGGAGCCAGUAUAGUCUGCAAAGCCUGUGGGCUUUCAUUUUCAGUUUUUAGGAAAAAGCACGUGUGUUGUGACUGCAAGAAGGAUUUUUGCUCAGUUUGUUCAGUCUUACAAGAAAAUCUCAGAAGAUGUUCUACUUGUCACUUGUUACAAGGGACAGCAUUUCAGCGGCCUCAGUUAAUGCGAUUGAAAGUCAAGGAUCUGCGUCAGUAUCUGAUCCUUAGAAACAUACCAACAGAUACUUGUCGAGAGAAAGAAGACUUGGUGGAUCUUGUACUCUGCCAUCAUGGAUUAGGUUCUGAGGAUACAGACACUAGUAGCUUGCAUUCUUCAAGGUCACAGACUUCUAGUUUUUUUACACAUCCAUUUUCUCUGUCUGUAUCAGUGUCAUCCUCUCAAGGAGAACUUACAAAUAGAAGAGGAAGCACAGAAAAUGGAACACCUGUACAGGGACAAGGUGGAAUGCCUUCAGCAAAUAAUGAAGAAGAGGAAGAAGAAGAAAAUGCAGAAGAGCAGACCCCUAGCGUGUCCAGAAAGCGAGCAAGAGCAUCACUGUCUGAUAUUUCAAGUCUAGAAGAUAUUGAAAGGUUGAGUGUUCGACAGCUGAAGGAAAUACUUGCUCGUAAUUUUGUCAACUAUUCAGGAUGCUGCGAAAAAUGGGAACUUGUGGAGAAAGUGAGCAGGCUCUACAGAGAGAGUGAGGAAAAUCACAGGACACAGGGAGAGAAGAUACAACUGCAUGAGAACGAUGAUAAUCUGUGUAGGAUCUGCAUGGAUGCAGUAAUUGACUGUGUUCUUCUGGAAUGUGGUCACAUGGUCACCUGCACAAAGUGUGGCAAAAGAAUGAGUGAGUGUCCGAUCUGUAGACAGUAUGUUGUACGAGCAGUGCAUGUAUUUAAAUCUUAAGACCAAAAAUACAUUUUAUAGCCACCCGGAGUUCCUGUAUUUCUGGGGGCAGGACUGAUGAAGCUUGUUAUGACGAACAUUAGUUUCACUAUGAAUCAAACAUUUUGAACAGCAGGCUAUAGAAGCAUUUGAAACACUUUCCUGUGAUGUAAUUAAAAUUGCAAUUUGGUGAUAUGUACUGCAGGAACUGCCUGAGUUACCUUAUAAAGCCAUGAAGUGUUUACAGCAGAUCUAGCAUCACUUAUUGCUCUCUUCUGAAGAACACCGUAAUCAUUAGUUUGCUGAAGGUUCCAGUAUAGUCAACAGAAAACUGCUUUACCAUGACCAUAUUGUUGGAUGACUCUAGUCUGGUUCAUUUGGUGCAUAUGCGUUGCUCCUAUCAAAUAAACUUGAGUAAUAUUUAAUAUGCGUUAAAUAGAAUGUAACUGUUCUGACACGAUUGCUACAAUGGUGUUAAAACAGUCAAUAAAACAAGAUUGUAGAAAGCACUGCCAUUGCAUAAGUGUUUCUGUGCAGGUAAAGCUAAUCUAUUUUCAUGCUUAUUACUUCAUUCAGAAUGUCUGUCUGAUUACAUGUAUACUGUCCACUGUCCUUGAACAUUCUUUGUCAAAGUGAACUGUGUAUUCCUACAGAGCUCUGUUUAAUUGCAUCCAAAUGCUAAUUACUCAAUGUUCAGUUUAAGAAUAAAAUGUAGUCAAAGGGAACAGGGGUUAACUUCAGUGGUCCCAAAUUCAUUCAAACCUAUUCUAUUAAUUCUGCAAAGACUGAAUUCUACAUACUAGGAACUUAAUGUGAAUACAGAUCAAUUAUAGUGAAACUAGUAGAUGCUAACUUUUGGGAGUUAUAGUAUUACAGACCUUAACCAUUAGCUUUUCCGGGGUGGGGGGGAAUUUAAGAGGAAUUGUAGCUUUUUUAAUAUGCUUCUUGCUCACAGGUGUUUGAAUCAAGACUAGGGUAGUGAACAAAAUUGCCAAUUACCUGUUUGGCCCCUGUGAAAUAGGUUAUUCAGUCCAGCUCCUAGAUAGUAUCAAACCCAUCAGUGGCAAUAAUUGUUCCUUUAGAAUACAAGAAUUACCCUUUAAAGGGUCCUGCAGUGGGAAUAGAUUCUGAGGUAAAUGACAGUGUAGUAGGAAGCUAGUAUUGCCCACUACCUUUGUAGGCUAGAUACUUAAUAGUAUAACUACUAUUUUUUUUUAAGGGGGAGAGCUAAUGGCAGUUAUUGAAAUGCCUUUAUUAUCCAGUGACAACUUUAAGCUGAGUUGAAUUUUCACCCACAAGUCUUACUGGGCAAAUGCAGUGUUGCCAUAUUGUAUAGUUUUGGUUUUUUAAUAUGUGGGUGUCUUUCAACUUUCUCUACAACCCACUAUUCAAUUCCCAGUGUUCAUCUAGUUUGAGAAGGUAGGUGUUUUGGCAACUGCAGCCAUUAGUACAUUAAAAAUACUUCUGGCUUUCUGUACUGUAGAUCAUUGGAGGUACACUGCCUCCCAUGCCUACUCAGGACUAGAAUGAUCUAUAGCCAGGACUCAAUAGGAGGGAUUUCUGUAGCAUUUUUGACAAAGGCACAAGCUGCUGAAGUGAGGGAGUAGGUGCAGUGGGGUUAGCUCUAGCACUGCUACUCUGUAUUAGCUGUUUUUAAAAAUAGCUAGGUUUCUAUUUAAAUUGAUAGACAAGUGCUGCAAUUCAAUCAUUGUAACCCAGGGCUCCAUAAUAGAAGUGGUAGAUUGUCUUCCAUUUUCAACUCUUAUGUGCCUAACUUAGAAUAUUCUACUUAAUUAUUUAAAAUAACCAGCCAAAAAACAAUCCUGAAAUCUUUACUGCACAACAUCCUGAUAAUCAUUCUUGAAGAAAACUACUCAGACUUUAUGCACAAGCUGGAUAUUGGCUAAACUAGCAAAUUUGUCAAUACUUUUAGAAGUAACAGGAAGUAUAAACAACUGCUGCUGUUUAGUACAAUUUAACUGACAUGACUGCUUAUUUUUCAGAAGAGAACAAAACUCUGGCCUUUUUUUUUUAAAAAAACUUUCUAAAAAGGUACUGACUUGUUCUUGUUCAGUUGGUAAGUUAAUGUAGGAGAAUGUAGCAUAUACAUUACUUCCAUUCUGAACAAUGGCUGAGAGUUUAAUAAAGGUUUGUAACUGGUCUGGG